UUUGAACCAAAACCAGAGGCAAAGCAUAUAAACAGGAACAAUUAAAUUAAGACAAAACACAACACUACACUGCGCCAUGUUCUUCUUCACCAACAACUCAUCAUAUUCAAACCCAACAACGUUCCUUCCUCUUCUUCUAUUUUUUGGUGUUUUUCUCUUCUCGUCAUCUUCACUUGCCACCACUCUGACUCCCCAUUUCAACACCCUUCAUAUUCCUGAGGGUGGUGGUGAUGGAGAAUGGGGAAGAAAUGGUGUAGUGGUGGCACCAUGGGAGAUAAGGAGGCAUCUUCUCGAAGAAAACUCGACAUCUAACUCAACUUUGAUAUUGGCUGAAAUUAGAACCAAAAGGAGAGACCCUUUGAAUAAUCUUAAACGUUACACUGGUGGAUAUAAUAUCAGCAAUGAUCAUUACUGGGCUUCUGUGGCCUUAACAGCAGCUCCCUUCUUUGUCGUCGGCGCAGUUUGGUUUGUGUUCUUUGGAGUUUGCUUGGCCUGUAUCUGUCUGUGUUAUUGCUGUUGUCGGAGAGAACCUUAUGGCUAUUCUCGAACCUGCUAUGCCUUGUCUCUCAUUUUCCUCAUACUUUUUACAAUUUGUGCAAUUGUGGGGUGCAUUGUUCUGUAUACCGGUCAACAGAAAUUUCACAGUAUCACAACGCGCACAUUGGAUUACGUUGUGUUCCAGGCAAAUGAUACUGCUGAAAAUCUCGGGGAUGUGUCCGAGUAUCUUGCUGCAGCUAGGAAUGUCUCUGUGGAUUCAGUGUUUUUGCCAACCAAUGUUCGGGAUAGCAUUGAUAAAAUCGAAACACAGAUCAACUCCUCUAGCAGCAUUCUUUCCAGUCGUACAGAGAAAAAUUCUAAGAAUAUACAAGAUGGUUUAGAUUCCAUGAGGAUUGCUCUUAUUAUCCUUGCUGCCGUAAUGCUUGCUUUGGCAUUUCUUGGAUUUUUAUUCUCCAUUCUUGGAUUGCAGUGCCUUGUAUACUUCCUGGUGAUCUUUGGAUGGAUUCUUGUCGCCACAACAUUUAUUUUAUGUGGUGUAUUUCUUCUUGUCCACAAUGUGGUUGCAGAUACAUGCGUUUCAAUGGACGAAUGGGUUUUGCACCCGACUGCAAAGACAGCUUUGGAUGAUAUUAUUCCUUGUGUGGACAAUGCAACUGCACAAGCGACCUUGCAACAGACUAAGGAAGUGACCCAUCAACUAGUCAAUGUAGUUGAUAGCAUCAUCCUUAAUAUCUCCAACAGAAAUUUCCCACCACAAGUUGGGCCGCCUCUGUAUUACAAUCAAUCUGGUCCACUAGUUCCAGCUCUUUGUAACCCAUUUAAUCCCGAUUUUACUGACCGGCAAUGUGCUGCUGGGGAAGUACACUUGAAGAAUGCUACUGAGGUUUGGAAGAGCUAUACAUGUCAGGUAUCAUCAUCUGGAAUUUGUACGACACCAGGUCGGUUGACUCCCUCAUUGAUCAACCAAAUGGCAUCUGCCGUAAACUUGAGCUAUGGAUUGAAUCACUAUGGUCCUUUCUUAGUCGGCUUACAAGACUGCACUUUUGUUCGACAAACAUUCACCGAAAUUAGCAACUCGUAUUGUCCAAAUUUGAGGAAAUAUACACAAUGGAUAUAUGUCGGGCUAGUAAUGGUUUCUGCUGCUGUAAUGCUGUCACUGAUCUUCUGGGUAAUAUAUGCAAGAGAGCGGAGGCAUCGUGUUUAUACUAAACAGUUUAUGUCUCGAGCCAUGGAAGAUGAAGACAAGACUGCUCCUUAGAGAUGUGCUGAUUUGCAAAAUUGGAUUGCUUGAUAUAGUUUUAUAUAUUUGGUAGCAUACAUUGGUAUAAUUUUGAAUCAUUGUACAUUAUCUGAGUCACAUUUUGUUUGAAGAAAUUAUUAUUGAUCA